AUGGACAGUCUCGUCAGAAAUGGUCCCUACUCCAACAAGCUUUUGCUGAAUGCGAUAUACCUGCAGAGCAGUCUGUAUAGUGACCGCACUUGCCUUCGGCUCAACUCCGCAGAUCCGCAGAGCAGAGGAAUGGCAUAUUACAACCGUUUCAAGGUUUUGCUCGCCGACUAUGUUGACAAACCCACAAUACCUACUGUUGUGGCCCUGUUGACAUGCGGUGCAUGCUUGGUGCCUCGCGGCAUGCAAAGCGCCGGCUGGAUAUUCUGUGGUAUUGGAUACAGGAUGCUUACCGACAUCGGUUGCCAUCUCGAUGUUCAGACAGUCGCCCUCGACAGUUCAAACUACCGCGCCUCCGCUAUUGAUCUGGAGCUUCGGAAGAGAGUCUAUUGGGGGGCCUACGUAGGAGACAUGCUCCAGUCUCUCUUCUUAGGGAGGUCUCCCACUAUGCCUGAAGUACAUGGAACCGUCUCUAGAGAGUAUUUCGACUCUCAUGAAGAGCUAGAAGAGUGGAAGCCAUAUAACGAUCCUUUGAUUGAGCCCUUGGGUAUGCGCGUAUCAUCAUACCAACCGCGGCCUUCAUAUGCCCUCAGCACCUUCCAAAGCCUUCUUCGGCUAUGCGACAUCAUGGGCCGAGUUAUCCGAGCAUUCUACUCGACAUCCAGUGCAGAGACCUCUGAAGAGACUUUGCUAGAGGAGCGAGACAGGGUCAGGGAACAGCUGUUGACGUGGAAAGCGGAACUCCCAGGAUGGCUCCAAUUCGAACCAGGGGUUGAUAUCACGCCGCCACCACAUCAGAUCACACCCCAUGCCAUAUUUUGGACCCUGAUAAUCCUCACUGAGCAGGCAUUUCUCAAUCGCGGUCACUUCGCCUUUUCGUUAAGUGUUGAAUCGAAAAGAGAGGCCGAGGAGAAAUGCCUCAACGCCGCUUUCCGCAUUUGGAAGCUCGUUGAAGUGUACAAACACACCUUCACUCUCCGCCGUGCUCAGUAUGGCAUAUCAUAUGCAAGCUACUGUGCUGUCGUAGUCAUUCUGCAGCAAACCGGCCAGGAUUCCGAGGAGCAUAUCAACUGCAUCCGCUUCUUUUGGCUGGCGCUGCUUGAGUAUCAGAGAGGAUGCAAUUACGGCCUUAAACGACCUUUGAAAUUGCUCAAGUCUCUCAUGCUUCGUUUAGAAAAGGUCGCACAGAACAUUGACAUGGAAGAACCCGCAGACGAGAUCCAGAAUCUUCUAGACCUCCAGGCAGAUCUUGAUUCCGUCUUCAAUUCAAUGUUCAAUCAAGGGAGCACCAUGAACUCGAUGGAAAAAGGUGGAUGUGAUCUUGCUGCCAAUUUUGGGGCAUUGGGCGAAGAUACAAACUUUGGUACAGUGGAAGACAGCGUGUUCGGGUUUUGCUCCGUUAAUCUCGGGCUGAGUACUAAUUAUCAUGCGACCCCUUCGUACUUCAACUCCAACGCAGCCAAAACCCAGGCACCUGACAUUUGUAUCCCUGUUGGUGCUACGGCCCUCAACAUCUGUGCCACAUAG